UUUCUUCAUGGAUUGGGAGAUACCGGGCAUGGAUGGUCAGAAGCGCUUGCAGGCAUCAGAAGCCCCCAUGUAAAAUACAUUUGCCCACAUGCGCCAGUUAUGCCAGUUUCUUUGAACAUGAACAUGGCUAUGCCAUCAUGGUUUGAUAUCGCUGGACUUUCUCCAGAUUCACAGGAAGAUGAAGCUGGGAUCAAGCAGGCAGCGGAGAAUGUUAAAACACUGAUAGAUCAAGAAGUAAAAAAUGGAAUUCCUUCUAAUAGAAUUAUUCUGGGAGGCUUUUCUCAGGGAGGUGCUUUAUCGUUGUAUACAGCUCUUACAACACAACAAAAAUUAGCAGGUGUUGUAGCCCUCAGCUGUUGGCUUCCUCUACGGGCUUCUUUUCCUCAGGGCCCUAUCAGUGGUGUCAACAAGGAGAUUGCUGUCCUUCAGUGCCAUGGUGACUGUGACCCGUUGGUUCCUCUAAUGUUCGGUUCUCUCACUGUUGAGAAGCUAAAGAGUAUGUUAAAUCCAGCCAACGUAACCUUCAGGACUUACUCUGGCAUGAUGCAUAGCUCAUGUAUUGAGGAGAUGAUGGAUGUAAAACAGUUCAUAGACAAACAUCUACCUCCCGUAGACUGAAAUGAUAUGUGAGAAACCUUCUAUAUAAAUACACCAGCAUCAACUGUGGUAGAGUGUUAAUCUUUCCAUAUGCCUGAUAGGAAGCAUUACUUCUAUACCUGCAGUGUUACUACUGUGUUGCAAAUUUAUACUUAGGAUGAGGAUUAAAUAAUACACAUGUACAAGAGGCGAUAAUCUUUUUGGUAUUAAUCGUCCACUGGUGGGACUAUUUGAAUGAGGCAGCUAGGUACCAAUGACAGAAUGUAACCUAAGCGUGCUGUAUAAGACAUCUGAUUUUUUUUUGAUUGCAGAAUUUUAAACUAUUUGUAC